CAUCAAUAAGAAAUCAUAGAGAGACAAGGAGAGAGAAAGAAAGAGAUACCAAAAAUGGAGGUAAGUCAAGUGCUUCACAUGAAUGGGGCGUGGGAGAAACAAGGGAAUCAUAGAAGAAGAGGAAGUGGAUUCAUUCAACAUUCCCCAGUACACACCAUCCCCAUUUGAAGUUGAAGAAGAAGUAAUGAAAGAAGGGUCAUUCGUCAUCAAUCGCAUUGAGGUAUCUUCAGUGACUUGGAUUAAUGCUUACAAUAAUAAUGACUAUUGGACUGAAAUGGACAGUGAUCAGUUCAGUACUGUGUCUGAAGCAUAUGUUAUACAAUUAUCUUGAAAUAAAUUACGCAUCAUUAAGUGGGUAGCAACUAGGAAGUUUGAUUUAUAGUCCAUGUAUAUGUAAUAAAGGUUAAUCUUUAUUAUCCU